AUGUCGACCAAAUACAAUAAGCUCGCUGGGAAGCAUGUUCUGGUUAUCGGAGGCUCAACCGGCAUCGGCUUCGGCGUCGCAGAGGCAGUUCUCGCGGCCGGCGCCAGCGUGACCGUCUCCUCUUCUUCGGCCAGCAAGCUCUCCACCGCCGUGGCAAGUCUCCAAGCUACGAUUCAAUCUCCCUCGUCCACCCAGACAAUCCAGAGUUUCCCGGCAGACCUCUCAGGGCCUGAUGCCGAAGAAAGGCUGGAAGCUGUAUUCAAACAAGCAGGGCCUGUAAACCAUGUCGUUUUCACGGCAGCCAACUCGCUCUCCCUGAUGAUGCUACAAGAUCUUACUCCCGACAAGAUCCUGGCCGCUUGCCAGAUGCGCCUCGUCGCUCCUCUGAUGGCUAUCAAAGUCGCGGCGCGGUACCUUCCGAAGAGCAACGAGUCUUCGUUCAUUAUUACCAGCGGUAGCGCGGCUCACAAGUCUACACCCGGGUGGUCUGUAGUGUCGUAUUUUACAGCGGGCUUACAGGGGAUGGUGAAGCAGCUGGCAGUGGAGUUGAAGCCUUUGAGGAUCAAUGCUGUUGCCCCGGGCCAUGUUGAUACUGAGCUAUGGGAUCACAUGAGUGCGGAGGAGAAGCAGGCAAUGGUCAAAGGCGUUGAAGGAACGGUGCCGACGGGUCAAUUUGGGAGAGUUGAGGAUGUCGUUGAGGCAUAUCUCUGGUUGCUGAAGGAUCGAAAUGCGACUGGUACCGUUGCUGCUACUGAUGGUGGCUCUAUGGUUGUCUAG